CGAAACAAAACAACAGCAUAAAACCUUAAAUCUUCGCAGAAAAUUUCAUCUUUAUUUGACGUUAGGGAAAAUAAUUUCUCUACACUCAAGAAACGAAGCGCAGGGGUUGAAAGAGUUUUUAAGACAGAAUGGAGCUGAACGGCACUAGAUGUAGCAUGAACAUCACCCAGGAGGACUGUGGCCAGAAACCGACAGUUCUCGGUCCGAAGUAUCAUCAUCAGGUGAGAGUCUAUACUCUCGUGACCAUGAUCGUAUUUUCCUUACUGGGUAACUUAACUAUGUGUCUGCACAUCAAACAGAAGUGGCACCACAGGAGCGCCAUCCACGUGCUGUUUCUGAACCUUGCUGUUGCCGAUAUUCUGGUCACUCUGGUCACCAUGUGUUCUCAACUGGUGUGGGAGUUCAUGGACCGAGAAUGGAUUGCUGGUGAUGUUUUCUGCCGGACCUUUAAGGUCUGUCAAACCUUCACUAUGGUUUCUUCGAACUACAUGCUGUUAGCUAUUGCGUUGGAUCGUCACACCGCCAUAGUAUAUCCGUUGUUUCGCAACGCUCGCACAAAAGCUUUGAUUACCAGCGCGUGGGUGUUAUCUUUAUUGCCAUCCUUACCUAAUGCCUACGUUUUCCAGACUGUCACCUUGUCUGAUGGCAGAGCGUACUGCGUUGCUAAGUUUUAUACGUCCUCUCUCUCCCUCUUUCACAGACAAGUAUACAUGGCUCUGAUUCUUCUAGCAGUUUUUAUCCUUCCUAUCCUGAUCAUCAUAAUCCUGUAUUCCAGGAUUAUAUACACAAUGUGGACAAGAUCUGGAAGUCUGGACCGGUUUCGAUCCAGAAAAGAACAUUUUAUAGAUCCUACACGGAAGGGGAAAAGAACGAAACGUCAAAGCCUAGACACGUCAAACUCACAGAUUUCAAGGGCGAAAAUAAAGACGUUAAAAAUGACCUUGGCUAUUGUUUCAACAUUCUUAACCGCGAGCACACCUUAUUUAGUUCAAGAAAUCAUCAUUGCCUUUGGAAACCCUUCUCUUCUGAACCAGAAUGUUGUAGCUUUUUUUGGAAUUUUCUCAGCUAGUAACAGUGCUUUGAAUCCAUACAUCUACUUUGUGUUUAAUUCCAACACUCCUUUUGCUAAAAAGAUAGCUCAUAGUACUUGUAACUGUUGUCUGCCUGUUUCAACAAAGACAGUCAACGAAACCGAGAAGACAAGUCAUGUGUAGCUAGGACGAUACCACAAGCAAAGGAUUCGUGUGACCCUCCAACGAGAAGACAAGACACAGGCACGUGUGGUUAGAAUUAUAACACAAACACAGAAUUCGUGUAAAACAAAUUGCAUUUGUUUCUAAAAG